GUGAUAGAAAGCCUAGAAGCAGCCGCGAGUGGUUUGGGUUGCUGAGAAAGAUGGCUACUGAAGGAAAGGAGGUGCAGGUGGAAGUGCCGGAGCUGGACGUGCUGUUGGAGCAGGACCCGUACCUCAAGCUGUACGAGAAAGACUUCCGCAGAAGGUAUGGUUUAUAUACCCAACUCUUGAAAAGCAUUGAAGGAAAUGAAGGAGGUUUGGAAAAGUUUUCCAGAAGUUACCAAUCGUUUGGCAUUCACGUACUUGCAAAUGGUGGGAUUUGUUGUAAAGAAUGGGCUCCUGGAGCUGAAGCGGUGUUCCUUACUGGAGAUUUUAAUGGUUGGAACCCUUUUUCACAUCCAUAUAAAAAAAUGGAUUACGGGAAAUGGGAACUACAUAUUCCACCCCGGGAAGAUAAAUCUGUGAUCAUUCCUCAUGGAUCAAAGCUGAAGGUUGUGAUCACUAGUAAAACUGGAGAAACUCUGUACCGCAUAUCUCCUUGGGCAAAAUAUGUGGUUCGGGAAGAUAAGAAAGCUGUGUAUGACUGGGUACAUUGGGAACCUCUACAGCCUUACAAACGCAAAUAUGCUACCCCCAAAAAGCUAAAGAGUGUGCGCAUAUAUGAAUCUCAUGUUGGAAUUGCAUCACCAGAAGGAAGAAUUGCUUCAUAUAAAAACUUUACCUAUAAUGUUCUGCCAAAAAUAAAAGAUCUUGGUUAUAACUGCAUACAAAUGAUGGCUGUUAUGGAGCAUGCAUAUUAUGCAAGUUUUGGUUAUCAAGUCACCAGCUUCUUUGCAGCUUCAAGUCGCUAUGGUACUCCAGAUGAGUUGAAAGAACUGAUUGAUGUCGCUCACUCAAUGGGAAUCCAAGUCCUUCUUGAUGUUGUACACAGUCAUGCAUCAAAAAAUAGUGAAGACGGUCUCAACAAAUUUGAUGGCACAGAGUCCUGCUUUUUUCAUGAUGGGGCUCGAGGAAACCAUGAUCUUUGGGAUAGCAGACUUUUUGACUACUCAAACUGGGAAGUUUUAAGGUUUCUUCUAUCAAAUUUGCGGUGGUGGAUGGAGGAGUAUGGAUUUGACGGGUUCCGAUUUGAUGGUGUUACAUCCAUGUUAUAUCACCACCAUGGUAUAGGUUGUGGUUUUACUGGAGAUUAUAAUGAAUAUUUUGGACUUCAGGUGGAUGAAGAAUCUCUGGUGUACCUUAUGUUGGCAAAUCACAUGUUGCAUACACUUUAUCCAGAUUGCAUUACAGUAGCUGAGGAUGUGUCAGGAAUGCCAGCACUUUGCUGCCCUAUAUCUCAAGGUGGUGCUGGAUUUGAUUACCGACUUGCAAUGGCUGUGCCGGACAAAUGGAUUCAGAUCUUAAAAGAGCUGAAGGAUGAAGACUGGAACAUGGGUAAUAUAGUGCACACAUUAAUCAAUAGACGAUAUAAUGAGAAAUGUAUCGCCUAUGCAGAAAGCCAUGAUCAGGCACUUGUUGGAGAUAAGACAUUAGCAUUUUGGUUAAUGGAUGCAGAGAUGUACACAAACAUGAGUGUAUUGUCACCCUUGACUCCAGUGAUUGAUCGGGGAAUUCAGCUCCAUAAAAUGCUGCGUCUGAUCACUCAUGGUCUUGGCGGUGAAGGCUAUCUAAAUUUCAUAGGUAAUGAGUUUGGGCAUCCAGAAUGGUUAGAUUUCCCAAGGAAAGGAAAUGGAGAAAGCUACCAUUAUGCCAGGAGGCAAUUUCAUUUAAUUGAUGAUCAACUGCUUCGCUAUAGAUUUCUUUAUGCUUUUGACAGAGAUAUGAAUAAUCUAGAAGAGAAGUUUGGAUGGCUUGCUGCACCACAGGCUUAUAUCAGUGCAAAGCAUGAAGGUGAUAAGAUCAUUGUAUUUGAAAGGGCAAAUCUUCUUUUCAUCUUUAAUUUCCAUCCAUACAAAAGCUUUACUGGAUACAGAGUUGCUGUGAACACACCUGGGAAGUAUAUGAUCGCUCUCGAUACCGAUGCUUCUGAAUAUGGCGGGCAUCAAAGGAUAAACCAUUCAACUGAGUUUUUCACAGAGGAUGCACCUUAUAACAAUCGUUCACAUUCGCUUUUGGUCUACAUUCCAUGCAGGGUUGCUCUUGUUCUUCGCAAUGUUAAUUACUCCUAAGAAGUGAAGCUGCUACUUUAUAGCGAAAAGAAGCGAUAGUGUUCUUAGAAGCAAUAUGUUGUCUUACGAUGUCUUGAAGGUUAUUCACAGUCCUCUAAUCUAUAAAACAAGAACUUGAAUACGCCAUCAUCCCACUUACUAAAUGCAAUUACAAAGAAACAAAUGGCCCAGAAAAAUGAAAACAUAUGUUUGCUUGUUGUAAGCCUUUUUACUAAAAUUGAAAAGUAUUUUCAAUUAUGUCUUUUGUGCUUCUCUCAAAGAAAAUUAACAAAAGUGCCGUGUAACUGUGAGAGUACAUAGACAAUACAUGUAAAGGAAUGUAAUGGCUUGUUGCACCGUUUAACUGGAGUGUUCGUGUGUUGUGUACUGUUUGCAAUUCGCAAAUGUACUAUUAGAAAAGCUUUUUUUUUUUUUUUUUUCAUGAUGGAAUCUUACAUGUCUUAAACCCCCUAUAAAAAUAUUUAUACUGGAGGCACUCCGGCUUAAAAUAUGAAUUAAGCAUUAUUAUAUGCAUAUUGUCCAGGUCCUCUCCCCCCCCCCACAAAAUGCUAUAUUUGUGGGGGAGGGGUGAUAAGUGUACACGCUUUCUGAAUCUAAAAACCAAAUCCAUUCUAGAAAGUGAUUUUUGGACAGUGUCUGUCAUUUUCCAACUAUAUGUGCCAUUUUGAUUUGUUCCGGUUGCCCCAAAUGGAAACAUAAACUGCACAGUGGGAUAAUGGAGAUUAGCACGGCUAGUAGGGGAUCCUGUUACAAUAAAUGUAGUUAAAAGUGUGCUUCAAAAGCGGAUUCGGCUCCUUGCAGGUGCAAGCCGCACCCCCUGCGAGGGCAAAGUAUACAUGUAGCAAAUAAAGCAGCAGCACUCCGGUAUCUUUGAAAAAUUUGCAAAACUUUACUCAAAUGCCAUAGGCAACGUUUCGGGCUACGCAGGCCCUUUGUCAAGCCAUUCAUGGCUUGACAAAGGGCCUGCGUAGCCCGGAUCCUGUUACAAUGGCGCAUCCCAUAGUGUAACAUAUAUAUUUCAUCUUAAAAGAAAAUUGUCAGCUCUUUGGCAGAUUUAUCAAAAUGUAUACCGUAUAUACUCUAGUAUAAGCUAAGUUUUUCAGCCUCCAAAAUAUGCUGAAAAACUCUACCUCGGCAUAUACUCGGGUCAAGCGCAAAAACGGUCGCCGGCGUCCAAGAAUAGUCUCCAAGAAUAGUCGUCGGCGUCCAAGAACGAGACGCCGGCACCUCCAAUGGGAGCAGAAACCCUCAAUUUUUUGAUUGAAACUUACCAGAAGCUGCUGCAUUUCUCACCCUAGGCUUAUACUCGGCUUAUACUCGAGUCAAUAAGCUUUCUCAGUUAUUGGAGGUAAAAUUAGGUACCUCGGCUUAUACUCGGGAUGGCUUAUACUCGAGUAUAUACGGUAAUUAGUGCUCACCACAGAAAAACUCAACCACAUUCUAUUCAUUUCUAUAGGGUUCUUAUAGAAAAUGUCUUUAAGAAUGAAUAGAAACGGGGGGAACUUUUCCAUUGUGAGCUCCAAUGUCUGCCCCUAUGUAUUCCCAAUUAGCUGAUGCAGUUAAUUCAUACAGUUCAUACUGGGACCAUAGAAACCAGCGCACUCUUAAAUAAGUCCUAAUUGGCUUUGGAUCAUGUGUGUUUUAUGUCCCACUUCAAAUUCAUUAUCCUUUAUGUAUUUUGUAAUCCUGGUUAGUAAACUAUCAUACACUAAGGGGCAGAUUUAUCAAAAUGUGAUAGUUUGCCACAGAAAAAUUCACCCACUUUUUAUUCAUUCUUAUGAGAUUUUCAGAAGUGUAUUUAUCAACUGGAGAAAGUUAAGACUUCACCAUUUGAUUUGUUUCUAAAAAUCCCAUGGUAAUGAAUAGAAAGUGGGUGAAUUUUUCUGUGGCAAACUCUACACAUGUAGGGGCACAUUUACUUGAGUAAAGGAGAUAAAGAAUAGAAGAAAAAUUACUUUGAAUUUCAAAUGUUUUUUUGGCUACGUCGACCAUCGACUUCGACAUUGAACGAUUCAAACUAAAAAUCAGUCGACUGUUCGACCAUUCGAUAGUCUUAAGUACUGUCUCUUUAAAAAAAACUUCGACCCCCUACUUCGCCAGCUAAAACCUACCGAGGUACAAUGUUAGCCUAUGGGGAAGGUCCCCAUAGCAGUUAACUGAUCGAAGGAAUUUCGUUUGAUCGAUGGAUUAAAAUCCUUUGAUUCGUUCGUUUCGAAGGAUUUAAUCUUUUGAUCAAACUAUUUUUCCUUCGAUCGAUCAAAGUAUUUGCGGUAAAUCCUUCGACUUCAAUAUUUGAAGUCGAAGGAUUUUACUUUGACGGUCGAAUAUCGAGGGUUAAUUAACCCUCGAUAUUCGACCAUUAGUAAAUGUGCCCCUAAGUCUGCCCCUUUGUGUAUGAUUUACUGACCAGGACUGCAAAAUACAGGAAACUACAGUUUCAAUUAGUAUAUUUCUUAAAAGUUUAAGAAUUAAGUAAAAACAAAAAAAAUUCCCGCAAUUAUUUUUCUUUCAAUAUUUAUCAAAAUAUGAUGAAAAACCGAAUAGAAAGAUUGUUGUAUAACUGCUUUCUUCUCAUUUACUUCUAUGGCCACUCAACAGCUUUCAGGUGACAUUUAAUUUUUUUUUUGUUUUAACUUUGAUAUUUGAAGAAAAAAACUCAAUCCCUGUUUUUUUUUGUUUUUUUUAUAAGACUUCUGCAUUUUUAUUUGUUUUAUUUAAAUUUUAAAUUCAUUUUCAGUUAGUAUAAUCUAUAAUCGUAUUGAUCUGUUGGGUUUUCAAAAAUGUUCCAUUUAAUAGGUUAAUCAUACUUGGCUGACAAGAAGAAAAAACAAAAGUUCAGCCCUAUAUUUCACUCUUACUUUAACAGACUGUCGAACAAAACAAUCUGCGGUGCUUUAGACUAUUUCCUUUUACUAUUUUAAUUCACUGAAAUCCGCACUGGGCCACACUAAAGUCUCUGGGGCGACAGUUUGUGUUCUUUGAAUUGGAGCUGUUCAGUCAUUAUUCCAAAGCAAAAGUUAUUAUAUUGGCUUAUUGUGCAUGUACUGCAAAAGUCUAUUUUAGGUUUUGACACUCUGUAAUGUUACUAAACAAUGUUAUUUUUAAUAAUUCAUAAUUUCAAGAUUCUCUUAUUUAUCCUUUUGAAUUACGUAUUGAUUUGAGAUUUGGUGUAAUACUGACCAGAAUACACGAGUGUUCCAUCCCAUGUUGUUGCAACUGUGUGUGUGUGUACUGUAUGUAUAUACGGGUGGAGGAAAAGUAAUUAACAGUUUUUGUGUUUUUUUUUGGUGGAUAAAAACAGGUGCAAUUAUUUUUUACCAUUUGGUUUCUGGCUUUACAGCUGAUAUCACAAUGGCCAGCUUUUCAACUGUUUACUACUGAAACUCCUAAACACACCUAUAUAAAAGGAUGAAUCCUUUAGUUGGAGUGUCUCACUGUUUCUUCAGAGGUUUCAGAAUCACUUUUACUUCAUGGAAACAUAUUAAAGUCCAUGGCUAUUGGGAAUUCAUCCAGUGUAACAUUACCUUUGUAGUGUUGCUGUGAAACCCCAGUGCUUAGAUACUUUUUUUGUUUUUUAUCAUCAAUUCUUAAUAUCUAUGUAUAAGAAAUAAUAUUGUUUAACAAUUACCACAUUAACACUAAUAUCCAACACACAUUUCUUUCCUGCUGAGAACAUCUACAACAAGCAUAAAUUCCAAACAUGCAUUUCUCCCUCUAUGUCUCUAACUGAAUAACCAUGAAACAUGUUUCCAUAUGUAAGUCAAUGGCAAAAAAAAAAA